AUGGAAGACGAUCAACCUCAAAAGCUACCUAGAAAACGGCCUUUUGAAGACGACGAAGUAUCUCUUUCUAAUGCGAGGCGACGCUCUGGAUCUGUUAUAAGCUAUGCUUCUGAUGUAAACCCCAUUCAGUCACCUCGUAUUAGCCGUGUAGGAACACCAAAGUCAGAUAUCUUGCGUCUUAGAUCUCCCUCUAUAGCAAGAUCCAUUGAAGGCUUGAGAUCGCCACGUCGAGCAGCUUCUUUACCAAUAACUAUUGCAUCGCGCUCACCACCUUCAAUAAGCAGAUCAGAAGGUGCAAGGUCCCCACAUGGAUCACCCAUUGCACCUAGACCAGAAGGCGUUGAAUCACCUCACACAUCACCUUCUGUAACUAGAUCAGAAGGCGCAGAAUCUCUGUACAAAUCUCCCUCUGUACCCAGAUCAGAAGGCAUAAGGUCUCGGCAUGAAUCGCCUUUUGUCGCUAGGCCAGAAGGCACAGGAUCCCCCCACAAACCACCUUCUGUAACCAGAUCAGAAGGCACAGGAUCUCCGCACAAAUCUCCCUCUGUAAGCAGACCAGCAAGUGCUACCUUUCAUAGAUCACCAUCCACAGUCAUAUCAGAAGGCGCAAGGUCCCGACAUGAAUCACCCUCUGUAACCAAACUAGGAGAUAUUGAAUCACCCCAUAAAUCACCCUCUGGAACCAUGCUAGAAAGUGCUGAAUCACCUCACAAAUCACUUUCUACAGUCUUGCGGGAAGACAUCGAGUCACCUCCGAAACCACCCUCUGUAACCAGAUCAGCAGGUACAAGUUCCCCCCACAAACCACCUUCUGUAACUAGACCAGCAAGUGUUGCUUCUCAUAGAUCUCCUAUAGCAAGUCCAGCUGUGGGUAAAGACCUUGACAAGACUCAUUCAAGAGCAUCUUCUCAAUCUUCUUCCAAAUCAGUCUAUGGAUCUCCUUCUGUCAAUAAACAACCAUCUGUUGAGAAAACUGGCUCUCAUGAAAAAGAAAUGACUGUAGAAAAUAGACAAGAACCAGAACAGAUGCAGGUAGACGAUUCCUUCUUUUUUGAGGAUGAUGGUGACUAUGGUGGUGAUGGUGAUGGUGAUGUUGAUAUGGAUAUACAAGAUGUUGAAGAAGAAAUAUCAUUGGAACAAACAGCUGAAUUCUUAGAGCAUGUUGAAGACAUCAAAAAAAGAACACAGAAAUCCCAAGUACCUAUCAAUCGAAGAGUAAAACUGUCAAUUUUACAUAUUCAAGGCUUAAAAAGUGUUGCCCAAGAAAUAUUGGAGCCAUUACGUGAAGAUGUAUUGGAUCCAUUUUCAAGAAGUCUUAUUGCUGAUUUCUACAAUACUUUUAAAGAUGAACUUGCUAAACACCAAAAACAAUACAGCAAAUACGAACAUGUUGCUAUACCUCAUAACCGUGCUAAAUCCAUCUACAAUGCACUCGAAAAGAAAAUAAUUGAACUUCAAAGGAAAGAAAGAGUCUUGCAAACAGAAAUAGAGACUAUUCAAGAACAAUUAAAAAGAACAAAAAACAACACAAAUAAAAUAAUAGAAUACUAUGAUCUUUUCAAUGAAAUCAAACAACUAUCCAAGCAAUAA